AUGUCUCUGGAGGACAUCAUCAAGCUGAACCAGAACCGCGGCCGCACCCGCUCCGGGGGACGUGGCCGCGGGCCGGUCCCGAACCGGGCGGCCCUGGCCCAAGGCCGUGGCGGGAACCGGACGGCGCCCUACAGCAGGCCCAAGCAGAGCCCGGACAAGUGGCAGCACGACCUCCUGGACAGCGGCGUCGGGGCCCGCGCCCGCGUGGAGCCGGCCGGGAAGCUGCUGGUGUCCAACCUGGACUUCGGGGUGUCGGACUCGGACAUCCAGCAGCUGUUCGCCGAGUUUGGGACGCUGAAGAAGGCGGCCGUGCACUACGACCGCUCUGGCCGCAGCCUGGGCACCGCCGUGGUGCACUUCCAGCGCAAGGCGGACGCCCUGGAGGCCAGGAAGCAGUACCACGGGGUCCCCCUGGACGGCCGCCCCAUGAACAUUCAGCUCGUCUCGCCCCAGAUGGACACACAGCGGAGACCCGCACAGAGCGUGAACGGAGCCGGGGCCACCAGACAACGCGGGUCCGGAGGCUUCGGCAGGGUCUGGAGAGGUGCCCGCGGGGGCCGGCGCGCCUGGAGCUCCGGGCAGCAGCUUUCUGCAGAGGUGCUGGACGCACAGCUGGACGCCUACAAGGCCAGGAGCGCCAAGCAGCAGCUUUCCGCAAAGGAGCUGGACGCAUAG